AUGCCCGACGCAGAAGACCCGCCGCGGCCACCCCACCUCACGCCCCUGGCCGACGUCCUCCCACCGCUCCUCCUCGGCACCGCCACCUUCAACACCCAGUAUGUCGACGACCCGGCGUCCAUGCCUUACCGCGGCAUCGUCCGCCGCGCCCUCGUCGACCUCGGCGUGACCGGCUUCGACACGUCGCCGUACUACGGACCUUCGGAGGCGCUGCUCGGCGAGGCGCUCGAAGCGACGGGCGUCGAGCGCAGCCGCUACUUCUUGGAGACCAAGGCCGGCCGCGUGCACGGCACCGGCUUCGACUACAGCACGGCUGCCGUGCAGGCGUCGGUGCGCCGGUCGCUGCAGCGGCUGCGCACGCCGUACGUGGACCUGGUGUUUGCGCACGACGCCGAGUUUGUGCGCCCCGACGAGGUGGUGACGGCCGUGCGCGCAUUGCGCGCCCUGCGGGCCGAGGGCGUCCUGCGGUACGUCGGCAUCUCGGGCUUUCCCGUGGACGUGCUGGCAGCGUUGGCGGAAUCGAUCCUCGAGCAGACCGGCGAGCCCGUCGACGCCGUCCUGAGCUAUGGCCACUGCACCGUGCAAAACACGCGCCUGCUGGGCGACCCCGUGGCGCGGCUGCGUGCGGCCGGCGUGUCCGUGGUGCUCAACGCGAGCCUGCUCAACAUGGGCCUGCUGACGACGCGCGGCGUGGACAACGGACCGCAGGCCACGUGGCAUCCAUCGCCGCCGGCGCUGCGGGAUGUGAGCGCCCGGGCUGCGGCGGUGUGCCGGGACGAGAAGAGCGGCCUCGCGGCCCUUGGGAUCAAAGGCAUCGAGCAGGUCGCGCUGCGGUACGCGCUGGACGUCUGGGCCCGCGAAGCGGAGAAGGCCCAAGUGGCCACACGCGCCGCCGGCGGCUCUCUGGGUGUGGGGGCGUCCGUCUUGGGCGUGACGUCCGAGGCGGAGCUGGACGAGACAGCACUGGAGUGGUGGAGCGUGCUGGACGGGCUGCGGGUUCCGCACUUUGCGCUCGAAGGCUUGCAGAGCCGCACCGGGAUCGGGAGCGCACCGGACGCAGCGGCGCGGCAGGCAGCCGGCCUAGCACGGUCUGCCGCCGUCAAGACAUUUGUGGAAGAAAAGCUGUGGCCAGUGUUUGGGGACCUAAAAGACUUUGCGUGGGCAAGCCCCGAAGAGGGCUGGGUGAACGAGCUAAACCCAGCGGAGGCCGUCAAGACAAGGUCAUGA